UUUUGCGGAAGUUGUGGGUUACAUUAUUCGACAUGGAUUUGUACUCAAACAACUGCGAAUUACAAGAAAAUAGUCAGUAAUAUUUAAAACCUAAUGUCUAUUCUUAUAAAAUAUAUGUGUUUUGCCAUUAUAUGUUUGCAUUUAAUGUAGAAAUAAUUUUUUAGAUAAUUUUCGAUUUUUUCACCUACUUUCCCUGUUUUCUCCCUGUCCCAUACAGCUAUAAUCUUUCCUUUUCAUUAAGUAGAAAAAAACAAAACUUAUAAUUCUUAAAAGUUACACCACGUAAAUGUUUGAAAAUGCUCUUUAAAGCGGUGUAUAACAGUUGGUUGUCUUUAAAGGUUAUUAGUUAUAAAUAUUCAAAAACAUCCGAUUGAGGGUUUUUCAGUCCUCUGUACUCUCCGUCAAUCGGUUACGGCGACCUGGCCUUGACAUUGUCACCAUUUUCGACCGGCGUCACUCGUUGUAACCCGAGAUAAUAACUCGUCCCACCCCUUCUUGCGACCUGUGAGUGUUCGCCGACAAGCACUCUUACAGCUGCCUGACAGGCAGAUACAUGCCAUGUCCUCAAUGAACUUAAGGCACUCAGCGAACGAGUUUCGCUGGAAGUGCAGGGGGGAUAAGUAUAACAGGUUUUAACAGCAUUACGUGAAUGAUUUUUAUGGAAGGAUUCGUAAAGAGAAGGAACGAGAAACAAGUGGAAAAUGAUAUUCCAAUAGGUGUAACUAUAUUGUGCAAAAAAUUAUAAAUUCUGCAUGAGAAACAGUGCAUACACGAACAUGUUGUAGUAGGACUGUACAGUCCAGACGGGAAAUGUUUUCCCAGAAGGAGGCAGGCGCAGAAGAACACGGAGGUAGAGAAGAGAAUGUAGGAACAGAAGAACGUGCAAACCUCUUUUGCACAAAUACCAUCUUCAGUCGGUCAGCAAGGUUUUGAGAGAUCUUGAGUAACACUCAGCACUCCUUUUCCCUCUUUACCCGACAUCUGGGGGAAAUGCACUCCAUUGUCUGACACAGCCAUCAGUAUCAUUGACACAUCUUGAACAAUAUAAUAUAGACUUUACAAUAAGCUUACAAGAGAUUAGGAUAUUUGACAUGCGUCGUCUGACAAGCGAAGGUUGAAAAUCGGCCUUCGUCCGAUGGGCAUGGGAGUUUGGUGGUUGUAGAGGGUUUCCCGCAGGAUAUUCUUCAAGAUUGUGAACAGCACACAUAUAAUGAUCACCCUUGACGUAUGCUUAAUGUGAUGUGAAAGUAAUCUCCUAAAUGGUUUUCCAGCAGUACUAAGUUCUGUGAGCUAUUAUUCAGCACUUCCCGUGUCAGCCAUUCUUGCCAGAGUAAGUUCUCAUAGACGUCUCCCUGACAUCUGGUCAAUGCAAGCGUUUGGACAUUUGUGUUUAGCUGCUAGCAGUUUGUAGUGGAAUCCAUCAGGUAUUACUACAAAGAAGAUCAGUUUGUAGUUAUGAGUUAUGAUUUGACUUUUCCUUUUCCAUCCUUAGCUGUCCGUUCCCUAUCCUAUGUAACGAAGGCACGUGGCUCCCAGUAUACCGGGUAAGAAGGACACCUGUGUAUGUCUGGUAUCAAGGAGCCCAACUUCUUUCUUUGUACCUUUGGUGCUGUGGAUAUCGGGGACCCAGUCCCGUUGCCGGGAAGUGAAUUGACCUCGCCUCCCCGCGGGGCCAUGUGCUCCUCCUAUGCUAUGCCCGCGAGACAUCGGAUAAGAUUACCUUGUCCCGACAUUUUCACCCCGAGGUUUGGUCUCUCAGUGUUUAAAUGAAAAUGCGUCGUCUGCUAAGUGCUUGGUAAAUGUUUUUAUGAAAUCGCAGGCAAACGUAGCUACAUCAGACUUGAAUGCGUUCCUAAAUAUCCCUAACUACCGUUACUGCAUGAAAAGUAGGGAAAGAAUGUUGGAAUCCAGCUGUGCAAAGUCGGAAACCAGAGGUAAAAUUAUGUCGGCAUCCAAUGUGCAUGUUGCAGGAAAAAGUGUUUGUGAAACUGUCGUAACUAGUAACAGACAUAAUGCUACACAGAUCUGACUUCAUCGGAAUGUGUAAUGUAUUUGAAUGUGUAAUGUACUGCUGUAUCGUGUUACAAAUUCAUCAUCAUCAUCAUCAUCAUCAUCAUCAAGAAACGUUCUUUUGUAAACCCAUUUUAUUCGAUCCCAAGUGCACGACAAAUUUUAAAAAAACACCUUAUAUUAAAACUAGAAGAAUGAUUCAGCGAUUUUCAACGCAGAAGAUGGAGAGCUAUCCGGGUGGUUGCGAAAUCAGGGCAAACAUUGCACACACACUUUCGGCUGGUGCAAUGCGCUGCAAAGCGUGCUGUACGUUGUACCGGGUACCCUAGGCACUCCAAGUGUGUUUGUCGUUCACACUGCACGUAUGGAAACCUACAGCACACAUAGAAUAUUCUCCCUAAUCUGAUCUGAGCUACAAAACCGUUAGUACAGACGAUAUUUACUUUUUAAGAGUGUUUUUACUGUUCAGCCAUUUUCAUACAAAGUCAGUGUCUAUACAGAAGACAUUUUUACUGAGACUAGGAUGGACGUUCUGUCCUUCAUCGCCUUGUCCAUACCCUUUGUGCUGCUCCUGACAGCGGGCUUCUUGUUCUACCUCUACGGAACUUGGCCCUACGGAGUGUGGAAAUCACUGGGUGUGGAUGGACCCGAACCUUCACCUUUCAUUGGCAACCACUAUCAGCUGGCUACAGAGGGAAUCGAACCAUUUAUUGAGAGGCGGUCGAAUAAAUAUGGUCGCACAUUUGGCAUCUAUUCCGGACGUGUGCCUAUGCUGGUGACCACGGACCUUGACAUUCUCAAGGAAGUUCUUGUGAAAAAUUUCAACCAGUUUACAGACAGAUUUGAAAGGGCUGAGAUUUUUCCAGAGGAAGUUGGGUCGAUGUUGCCAUUCUCUACAGGUGCACAAUGGAAGAGAAUUCGACACAUACUCACACCUACCUUUAACACGGCAAAGUUGAAACAGAUGGAAAACUAUAUUCAACGCUGCAGCAUCCAGCUCACAAAAAACAUUGAGAAGGCUGUUAGUAAAGGCGAAAAGAUUGAUGUCAAAAAAUGCUUUAGGGGCUACACCAUGGAUGUGAUCGCGGGCACAGGGUUUGGGAUAGAAGUGAAUUCUCAGAAAGAUCUCAACGAUCCAUUCGUCAGAGAUGCGGCGGGCCUUGUGGAAGAAAUUUUCACCCAAAAAGGAUUGUUUAUGUCACUUGCAAAGACUGCUCCAUUCCUGAUACCCUUUAUAAGAUUUCUGGUUACAAAUUUCUUUCAACCGAGAGGAUGGAAGUCAUUCGGGGAAAACCUUCACCGCAUUAUAGAAGAUCGAAAACUGGAAGGAAACAUGAAUAGAAAACCUGACUUUCUUCAGCUACUCCUGAGCUGUGAGGUAACUCAGAGUCCAGAAAAAGACCAAAUGAAUGUUUUAUCAGAAGUUGAGGUGGUCGCCGAAGCAAUGAUUUUGUUGACCGCUGGACACGAAAUGACGGCCAACACCCUGCAGUACCUGACCUUUGCCCUGGCGCUGCACCCACAGGUGCAGGAGAAGGUGGUGCGGGAAAUCAACCAACAGCUUGGUGAUGAGACACCUACCUAUGAGGGUGUAUCGAAGUUGAAAUACCUGGACUGCGUCAUCCAGGAGACACUGCGGAUGUAUCCUUCCGUCAACUCAACAAACAGAAUGGCAUCUGAAGAGGUCACCAUUAAAGGCAUUACAAUCCCUAAGGGAGCUGGAGUUUUGAUUCCUAUCGCCAAUGUGAUGAAAGACCCGGAGUACUUCCCUGAACCUGACAAGUUCAUACCUGAACGGUUUUCGGAAGACAAUAUUAACCCCAUCUCAUUCUUGGCAUUCGGGUAUGGACCUCGUCUGUGUAUCGGUAUGCGUCUGGCUCUGCUGCAGAUGAAGAUUGCGAUGGUGCAUGUGCUGAGGAGAGUGAAGUUUAUCAAGACAAACGACCUGCAGGAAAUCCUGAAGAUCAAGCCUGGCUCACUUUUUAACCUCCCAGACCAAGUCAUUGCCAUCAGUGGCGAAAUGAGAGACACAGCCAACAUAGCUUAGGGCACAGUUAUGAGGCCUUACAGGGAAACACACUGCAGUGAACACCAAGGGACUAACUACUUUAUUCAUUUAGCCUGUCAUUCGGUAAAGGCAACUGGAAAACGUCUUCUGGAUCGGAAAUGACCUGGUGAUCAAAGUGCAAAUCCGGGGUCAUUCAACAAGCAGUGGAAAUGAUUAUUUUAACGUUUAUAAGACUAGCCAAGGUAGACUAUAAAUCCAUGUCCCAUAAGUAAACAUAUUUUUAUCUUUCUGUAAAGGUGCAGUCUCUAAAAAUUAGUAACUAUGAAGCAGAUAACUUUAAUUGUAGUACAAAAACCUUCAAUGUCAAUGUCCUGCAUGUCUAUUUUAUUUUAGUAUUCACUUAGUACCUUUGACUUCAUUACCCCAUGUCAAAUUGCUGCAUAUGAUUGGAUGUGUGUGUGUGUCGAGGUAUACCUAGAUAUAACUUGUGUACAUGUAUGCUCUUUUCUAUUUUAUUGUGGCUUUUAGUUACUCUUUUUUAUUUUGUAAUGAACAAAUGCA